AUGGAUGGACAAGGCCCAUCUCCCCCUCCAGAUGUUGACGUGGACGGACAAGCCCCAUCUCCCCCUCCAAAUGUUGACGUGGACGGACAAGCCCCAUCUCCCCCUCCGGACAUUAUUACGGACGGACGAGGCCCAUCUCCCCCUCCGGACGUUAAUACGGACGGACGAGGCCCAUCUCCCCCUCCAGACAACAUUGAGCGCAGACCUCGACCAAAUAUUAAUAUCGAUGCGCUUGCGGAGAGUGCAGUGCUCCCUAAAAUCAGGGAAACCUUCGACUUCAUCCUUGCUCUAAAGCAUGCAUCACUAGAUGACCCUAUUACCAAGCUAAGCGACGAUGCAAUCAAACGACUGCGUAAUCCACCCAGGGGUCCUAUCAACAUCAACAAUCCGGGAACACGUCAAAGUAUUGCCAUGUACCUAUCGUUGCAGCUUGCAUCUCAAGAAGCUUAUAAUCGUAUACGAAGAGCAACAAUACGCAAUUACGCUCAUGACGAUGAAGACAGUAUCCUGAGCUUUUAUAAUGUUGAAAAGCUCGUUGCGCAGUACACUGGUGUCGAGUCAAUUGAACAUGAUAUGUGUCCCGAUUCGUGUUUGGCAUUCACAGGCCCAUAUGCAGCACUUGAGAUCUGUCCUCUGUGCGAUAAAUCACGCUGGGACCAGGGAAAGCUGCGAGCAACCAAUGACCGCAGCAAGGUCGCGGCUCAGAAAUUCACAACCAUUCCGCUUGGUCCCCAGUUGCAGGCCAUGUAUCGUGAUCCCGACAGCGCGCGCCAUAUGCAGUACCUUCAUGAACACACGCAACAGAUCCUUGCACAAUUAAGGGCUACGCAAUCCAUUCCUGUAAUUGACGACAUUGCUGCAGGUUGGGAUUACCUCGCCGCAGUACUUGCCAAUGAUAUCAAGCAGGAUGAUAUUGUCCUCAUGCUUUACGAAAGCAAGCAGUCCGACUGUUGGAUGUAUGUAUGGAUCAUUCUCAAUCUAUCGCCUGACAAGCGCUACCAGAAAGUGCAUGUACGGCCAGGUGGUUUUAUACCCGGGCCAAAUAAGCCCAAAAACUUAGAUUCAUUCCUCUUUGUCGGGAUGCACCACCUUGCCGCCCUUCAGAAGAAUGGGAGACGUAAGACUGGCGGUAGCCACUAUUAUCCUGCAUUGCUCAGGCCAGCGGACCGUUGUGCUCGUGGUAGCGAUCAUCCUGACCUCAAUGUCUUCGAUCUUCCUCUCGGGGCAUCUGAAGGCUAUGCUGAAAAUCUCGAAGAACUUGUCAAGGCACCCAACACGCGACAAUGGGAGAAAAGGAGGACAGACACGGGAAUAACCAAACCUCCGCUUAUCCUCGGUCUCAGCCCUUCACAGUCCCUCGGUGUUCCUUACUCUGGCAAUCUUAGCGACCUUCUCCUCAACUGCGCAGCUGCCGAUAAUCCAGCCACCUGGGAUUGGGCUGUUCUGAAAGAUGAAGACACUUGGAUCGCUCAUGGUGAAGCUGUCGAGAAAGCAGGUGUAUACCUACCAGGUUCCUUUGAUCGCAAACCCCGCAAUAUUGCUGAAAAACUCAACACGAGUUACAAAACAUGGGAAUUUCAGCUUUAUAUGUUCGGCCUCGCACCUGCACUUCUAUAUGGAUUGCUUCCGAUGAAAUAUUGGCAAAAUUAUUGCAAACUUGUGCGCGGAUUCCAGCUACUGUGUCAAUAUCGCAUCACAGUUGAAGACCUUCAACAUGCUCAAUCGCUGCUAUGCUAUUGGGAACAAGAAUUCGAGCACCUCUACUAUCAACGCAAAGAGUAUCGGCUCCAUUUUGUGCGCCCGUGCAAAGGUCCGCCGAUCUGCUACGCUCAGUGGACGAUGGAGCGAACCAUCGGGAAUCUUGGUCAAGAGAUUCGACAGCCAGAGUUUCGGCGUUGUAGAAUCAACACUCUUCUUUCGAUGAUGCCUGAAUUAGAUGAGCCACCCAAGGGCCUUCCAGAAGGUGCCGUUGAUGUUGGAGAUGGGUAUGUGUUGUUGCGAAAACGAGAGAGGUACCCAAUCUGCCCCACUGGGCAACAUGCACUCGCUAUCACAGCCUUUCUUCGCCAUGGACAACAACUCCCUCGUAUACGCAAGUGGGCACGACUUCGGUUACCAAAUGGACAGACGGCACGUUCAUCGUGGAGAGAAAAACUCAAACCCCUUGAGAAGACGCGCAUGUCACGCAAUGUCAAGAUAAAACUUAACAAUAAAAUUCAAUUCGCUGAGGUUUUGUACUACACACAGCUGCCAGUUAAUGUCGCCGGACAGAACGCAGACAACUCGGAUGACGACAAUGAAUGGCACUUCGAGAAUGUUGCAGUCGUGCAGAUGUACUCCAUGCCGCACAAAGAACUCCUCAAACUCUCGUCGCAGACCCUCGUAUCCUGCACACUCCUUGAUGAUAUUCUGGCAAUUGAUGUCAAAAAUAUUGUUAGCGUUAUCGCAAUGGUCCCGCACGAACCGACAUUGCCUUCUGGAGUUACAGAGAGCCGCUUUUUUAUGAUGGAGCGGCCUGGUCUAGAAAUAUCGAACCUGGGAGUACCAUAUUCUGGUUUUGAUAUUGGAGGUGGUGAUGAGCUAGAGGAUGAUGAUAAUGACAACGGUGCUGAUCUUGAGUAG